UAGGUCCCUGAGGCAGUGUGUGUGCCUGUGGUCUCACAUGGAGGAUGAUGGACAAGAGUAAUGACCUGCACAGCUCACCAGCCAACCACCACCCCUGCCCACCUGCCCAAGCGCGAGUGGAGGAAGAUGUGGAGGGGACAGGGCUCAACACCAGGAGGACCUGGACAACCCGGGAUGGCACCUCCUCAGAGCUGCAGAGAGGGUCUCCUCUGGAUGGUGGGGAACAGCCAGCUGCCUCCACUUUCCAAGGCAGGCAAACCUUGGCCAGGAUAGUCCGUCUGGUAAUGGUGCUGAGGGACUGGGCCAGCAAGAGCUUGCACGAGGAGCAGCAAAGGCCAGAUCCCUUCCUUGAGCGCUUCCAGGGUCCUGAACUCCAGGCAGCGGCUGCAGGCGCUGGCAACUAUUUGGAAGAUGAGGAGACCGAGGAGGAAAAUAAAAAGAAGAAAUGGUACAUCUUUGUGGUGGACCCUGCAGGGGACUGGUAUUACCGUUGGCUGGCUGUCAUUGCAGUUCCUGUCCUCUAUAACUGGUGUUUGCUCGUAGCCAGGGCUUGCUUCAAUGACCUGCAAAAGACCUAUGUUGUCCUCUGGUUGGUGUUAGACUACAUCUCCGACACUAUCUACGUUGGGGACAUAGUGAUUCGCUUGCGCACAGGUUUUUUGGAACAGGGCCUCCUGGUUAAGGACCUGAAGAAGUUACGGGAUAACUACAUCCACACCUUACAGUUCAAGAUGGAUGUUCUUUCCAUUCUGCCCACUGACCUGGCAUACUUUGCUGUGGGAUUGCACUGCCCUGAAUUGCGUUUCAACAGGCUGCUGCACUUCUCCCGCAUGUUUGAGUUCUUUGAUAGGACUGAGACCAGAACCAGCCAUCCCAACAUCUUCCGCAUCAGCAACUUGGUUCUUUACAUCCUGGUCAUUAUCCACUGGAAUGCAUGCAUUUAUUUUGCCAUCUCCAAGGCCAUAGGCUUUGGAGAGGACUCCUGGGUCUAUCCCAACAUCACAGACCCUGAAUAUGGGUAUCUGACCCGGGAGUACGUUUACUGUCUCUACUGGUCUACGUUGACUUUGACUACCAUCGGUGAGACUCCUCCCCCUGUACGUGAUGAAGAGUACCUCUUUGUGAUCUUUGAUUUCCUCAUUGGUGUCCUCAUCUUUGCCACUAUUGUGGGGAAUGUGGGAUCUAUGAUAUCCAACAUGAAUGCCACCAGAGCAGAGUUCCAGGCAAAAAUUGAUGCCAUCAAACACUACAUGCAGUUCUGCAAAGUGAGCAAAGACAUGGAAACCAAAGUCAUCAAGUGGUUUGACUACCUGUGGACCAACAAGAAGGCAGUAGAUGAAAGAGAAGUCCUCAAGAAUCUCCCUGAUAAGUUAAGGGCAGAGAUUGCCAUCAACGUUCACCUGGAGACACUGAAGAAGGUGAGGAUUUUCCAGGACUGUGAGGCGGGUCUACUGGUGGAGCUGGUGCUGAAGCUUCGCCUUCAGGUGUUCAGCCCAGGGGAUUACGUCUGCCGGAAAGGAGACAUUGGGAAAGAGAUGUACAUUAUUAAGGAGGGGAAGCUGGCUGUGGUGGCAGAUGAUGGAACAACACAGUAUGCUUUGCUCACUGCAGGAGGCUGCUUUGGUGAGAUCAGCAUUCUCAACAUUAAAGGGAGCAAAAUGGGCAACAGGCGCACAGCGAACAUCCGUAGCUUGGGCUACUCUGAUCUCUUCUGCCUGUCAAAGGAAGAUCUUAUGGAAGCAGUUACAGAGUAUCCUGAUGCCAAAAAGGUCUUGGAGGACCGUGGCCGGGAGAUACUGAUCAAGGAAGGACUGCUGGAUGAGUCAGCUGCAGAGGAAAGCACGGAAGGGGAGAGUGUGGAGGAGAGGUUGGAUAGGUUGUCCUUGAACCUGGACACAUUUCAGACACGAUUUGGCCGGCUAAUGACAGAGUACAAUGAUGCUCAGAUGAAGCUCAAGCAGCGCAUCACUCUGCUGGAGUCCCAGAUGAGGCAGCAGGAUCUGGAGGACUUCUUCUCUGAUAGCUCAGGCAGUAUAUCUGAGGAUGAGGAGAAAGUUUUACCUGGUGGGAUGCAGUGGCAGGGUGCAGACGACAGCUAGGAGACGUCUGGCAUUGUGCUGAGAUUGUUUGCUAGUUCACAAGGCAGAUUCUGUGGCUGCCUUGCCAGGGGCUUCCCUCAGGUCCUUAGCAUUGCUGCUGCCACUGCCUUGAUUGCAGCUCCUGAGAUGGCUUCAAAUCAGGUGAUUGUCCUAACUCCUCCCUAGGCCUGUCCCUUUUCUCAUUGCCUUGAUCUGAGACUUUGGACUUGGAUCACUAAAAAGGGGAGAAUGGCCAAUGCCACUGCUGACGUUUCCUUCCAGCUUCUGCAAAAGGUCUAUGACCAUCACACCUCCUUCCUCCUCUUUGCCUUAAUAGAAGGUGGGGCAUGAACCUUGCAUGGAGGGGUGCCUCAAUGUGCUGAUGAGGAGAUGCAGAGUUACAGUGGACAGAGCCUGCUGUGCGCUACCUACCCAUCCACAAAGGGGCCAAGAAAGACAUAGGCUUUGGAAGAUUCCUUGCAGAUAACAAAACCACCCCAACAAAACAGACCAGAACACAAGCCAGAUAUUUACAAGUGCAUUUUGGGUUCAGCCCUUAGGUAAACAGUCUCCACUGAGUGUCUGCAGGUACCCAGUCUUCACCAAGAGAUUCCUUACCUGCAAGAUACCAAAACUCAAACAAAGAUAGCCCAAUCUGUGCCUCUUAAGUCUGCAAACAGAGUCUUGUCUGGGUCACUGUCACUACCUAGGCCAUUUCUAGCACCCACACUGAGGUUGGAUAUCUAGCUGGAAGGUGAGGCAGCUGCCAUCCUCCUGCAUGCCUCUCUUUUUCCUUCUGCUAUAUUUGGUGUUGUCAAAUGUCACCUGGCGUGGGUGGCUUGGUACCCCGAAAGCUUCACCUUCCAGGGGAAUGGUGUAUCCAAGCUCUCCCACUGCAGCCAGUGUGAUUUCCACUUGGCUAGGACUGUCUGGGAUGACAAGUACAGAGCAGAGGUAAAGACUGCAGCUCAUUGGCCUGACAGUCUCGGUGCUGAAGGGAGAUGGUAACUGUCUCUCUCCACUAUCUAAUGACGGCCAGAUGUGCCAGGAAGAGUUUGAGUGAAAUGACAUGUUUUUAAGGAACAAAGCAGUGGUGGGGCCCAACUGUGCCUGUAUUUGCUUUGCAGUGGGUAGCUCAGAGAGAGCGCAAAACACAUUUCUUUUCUUAGGCAGGAGGUUUUCUUGUACUCAGUAGGAGCUUUGGGGCUUUGCAGCAUUUGCCUUCUGGCGCAGAAAUGAGUGGCAGAGCCAUGGGGGACGCGUGUGAGGGUGUAAAUGUGGCACCAUCGCAUGUGCUGGCAAAGCUCUGCCAGGCUGUGCCGCAGCCCUGUGAGUUCCACGAUGCAAACAGCUUGUUGAUGAGGGGUGCAGCGCAGGAAGGACCACAAACCCCUGCAAGAAACAGCAACCUUUGCACAAGCAGUAAUGCCACCCAUACCUGAUGGUACCGUGCAGGUGCUGGGACUAGAGGAGGCAACUUCAUUUCUUGCUUCUGGUGCGUAGCUUGCCCUGACCCAUGUGUAAGUCCCUGGGACCUUCUGCUCCUGCCCACUGGGACUGCAAGGUAGGCUGGGCUGGUUUCCAAAGCAGCAAAUAUUUGGUAGACCAGGGAAUUUUUGAGGAAUUAAUGCUCUGGGUCAAAUUCAGCCAAGAGUCUGGCUAAAUUAAUAGGAUGACACAUGGGGAGGUAUCAACCCAGAAAGGCUCAUGGUGGAAAAUUGAGGUUAUUUACUUUGUCUUUUCUUUUCCCUCAACGUAAGACUGCCUCUUUUAAUUUUGUAGGAGAGUUUUCUGUUUAAAAAUAAUGGCCUUGCUUUUGGGGAUUGGUGGGGGAGGAAAGGCUGGAUUACCAAAAUUAGGAUUAGGCAUAAGAUAAAAAGGUUUUUGUCAUCUCCAAAUUAAAUUGGAGGGUUUCUGUACUUUUUAAAAAAUUAUGUGUGCGUGUACAUACGCUUAUUUUUCAUCACUAAGAUAAUUUUAGUUGAAGAUGAGGUGAU